CGCACGCGCCAAAUGCGCAUGCGCCGGGCGCGAUUAACGCAUGCGCCGAAGGUUAAAAGAGACCCCCGCCCCCUCUCCGUCGGUUGCUGCUCUUUCUCGCGUCUUGCUUAUAGACGAGAGCAGCGGCGGCGGCCAUGAGCGGAUUCGGUGUUGGGGCGUUCUCGCUCCAGAGAGGCGGCGGCGGCGGCGGGAGCAGCAUCAGCAGCGGCAGCGGAGAAACGCUGGAAAAAAUCGACAUGUCUCUGGACGACAUAAUUAAGUUGAACAAGCGAGAAGAGAGGAAGCAAAAUUCCCCCAAGAUGAAGAGAAGCCUUUCACAGAAUGGCACGCGACAGUUCCGGAUGAGGAGAAUCAAGUGGGGAAUUCAAGACUAUCCAGGUUUUGGCAAGAACCACUUAGGACGUCGAAAGCAGGUGCCGGGGAAGAGGCGUGCCUAUGGCAUUAAGACGGGCCUGGCGGCAAGGAAAGCCCUGGGGGCUCACAAAGGCAUCAGCCCCCUCAACAGAUCGCCUCUCACUGAAAAGAACCUGCAGAGGAAUUACUCCGUUUUGAAAAGGAAGAUGCCCAUCCAGAGACAACCUGAAUUACAGAGGAAGCAAGGAGCCCGGUUCCGAAGACCUGCCUUGUUAAAUCGAAGGCCGAGCAUACAGUCCCUUUCCACCAGAAUUGGGAAUAAAUUAUACCAGCAGAAAGAUACGCGCCAAGCGACUUUCCUCUUUCGGCGGGGCCUGAAGGUACAAGCACAAGUCCAUCCGGAAGGCGACCACAGAAACCAGGGAGCCAAACGGACUCGCCCAUGGCGAACGUCCACCAGAAAUGGAGGGAUUUUGACUAUUUCCAUUGACAAUCCUGGUGCUGUUCUUUCUCCAAUCUCUUUGAAGCCAAGACUGACCAGCAAUCUCAUUCCCCCCUUUCUCUUGAAGAAGGAACCGUCGGAAGAGAAGAAGAUCCCCAAAGGCGUCCCUCUGCAAUUCGACAUCAACAGUGUCGGGAAACAGACCAGCAUGACCCUCAACGAGCGCUUCGGGAUCCUGAAGGAACAAAGGACAGCUCUCGCCCAGAACAAGGGCAGCCGUUUUGUGACGGUGGCCUAGAAGAGACCCCCACCCCCGCUCCCCUUCGAAGGAGCCGGAGAGACUGCGGUCCAGAAGUUGUGGGACUUUUGUGUCAAGAUCAUCCCGAAGGAGAAGAAUCCUUUCCCCACUUCAUUUACUACCCUUACUUUAUACCGGGAUGUCCAACCGUGACCGCUUUUACGUGUCGUGGACUUCAAUUCCCCGAAUUCCCCAGCCAGCCGUGGGGAGUUGAAGGCCACCGCUCUUAAAAAGGGGCCAAGGUUGGACCACACACCCCCCCCCAUGCUUGAGAAGUAGUUAGACCACAACCCAACCCUCUCAUAUUCCGAUAUAACAAGGAAACGCAGCUUUUGGUUAUUUACUUAAGAGACACUUUGCCUGGAUUUCUGAAGGUCCAAUUCGCCCCUGCAAGAAGGGGAAAUCCUGUUUACUUUUCGUUGUUCUUGUGCUUGUUUUUUUGAAGAUGCCGGUCGGUGUUGAUGCUCCACCCCAAAGAUGACAAAAAUUACACCCUCGCCCUCCUGGUUCGAUUUAGUUUUUCAGUUUUGGGCCGCAGGCCGUGCAGGGAAGGUCAGCUUCUGCCCUUCUUAAAAAACUUUUUGCCGGCUCUUUCGCCCAAAACGGUCUGCGCCUCCCGUUUUCUUCUAGCUGACCCCCAACUGGGAAGCAAUUGGGGUGGGAUGGGUGGAAUAACUGCCAAUGAAGGUGAUUUGGGGGAUCCCCGACGCCUCCCCGGUGAUGCUAGCACGGAUCCGGUCCGUCGGCUUGCAAAAACGAACGUGUGAGUAUCUUUGGAGUAAAACCUGCCACCGCCUCGAGUUCAGUUUUAUCCUUCGGUCGCAACAAGCGAGCAGCUUGUGUUUUUCUUCAGGGCAUCCUCCAUUGAAAUGAGCCUAGUCUCCUUUAACGUCGUCUCCCACCCUCCUCCCGAGUUCUGUUGAUGGUUGCUUUGUUGUGUAGUGAGAGACUGUGCACUUUGUGACUCCUCUACUUAGCGGUAGUUCCACGAAGGGACCUUCCUGUCGUAAAUCAAGAGAUCAGAAGUGGUGGAGUCAACAUCUCAGCAUAUAACCCCCCCCCCCCAAACUUUCUGCAUGUUCGAUUAAUUUUGACUUCCAACUAGGGGAUAUUUGGAACCCUACGGUGAAUAAUGGAAUUGCCUGUAAGAACAUCCUGAAUAUCUGGACUUCAAAUGUCCCUCAAAGGAUCCUGAUCAGCUGGCCUAGUGUCAGAUGUUAAGUGAAAUUUUCAUUUUUAUUGGGGUUUUCAAAGCAAAGAAGAUUUGGGUAAUCCUUAGAGGGUUUGUUUUUUUUAAAUGGCUAUGGCCCAUGUUCUGUUGUUUCUGAUUUUUCUUUUUAAAUCUUCUAUAUACGUGUUUUUCAACAUUGGUAACUUUUAAGAUGUGUUGACAUCCACUCACAGAAUUCUGCAGCCAGUUAGACCGAUUUCUUUUUCUCUUACCCCUUAAAGCAGGCGUCUCCAACCUUGGCAAGUUUAAGACUUGUGGACUUCAACUCCCAGAAUCCCUCAGCCAGCAAAGGAU